GGUCGUCGCGGGCCAAGAUGGCGGAGGCCUCGUCGUCGUCCUCGUCGUCGUCGGCCGCGUCGGCGGCGGCCGUGGCCCCGCACCGCUUCUUCUGCCACUGCUGCAAGGGCGAGGUCAGCCCCAAGCUGCCGGAGUACAUCUGUCCCCGCUGCGAGUCCGGCUUCAUCGAAGAAGUGACCGAGGAGUCCAGUUUUUUAGAUGGCGGCGGAGGCGGCGGCGGCGGGGGCGGCAAUAGCGGAGGCGGCCUAGACGACAGCACAUCCGCCCAGUUUGCAGAGCUCUGGGACCACCUGGACCACACCAUGUUCUUCCCGGACUUCCGUCCAUUCCUCAGCAGCAGCUCGCUGGACCAGGACGGCCGAGACAGCGAGCGGGGCCACCAGGCCCACGCGGACCUCUGGGGCCCCAGCCGGCCCCCGCGGCUGCCCGUCACCCGGCGCUUCCGUUCCCGGGGCACCUCCCGCCCCGACAGGUCCCCGGCCAUCGAAGGGAUCAUCCAGCAGAUCUUCGCGGGAUUUUUUGCCAAUUCGAGCAUCCCGGGGUCUCCCCACCCCUUUUCCUGGAGCGGGAUGCUGCACUCCAACCCCGGGGACUACGCCUGGGGCCAGACGGGCCUGGACGCCAUCGUCACGCAGCUCCUGGGCCAGCUGGAGAACACGGGCCCGCCCCCGGCCGAUAAGGAGAAGAUCACGUCGCUUCCCACGGUGACAGUAACUCAGGAACAAGUCGACACGGGUCUGGAGUGCCCAGUAUGCAAGGACGAUUACACAGUGGGCGAAGAGGUCCGCCAGCUACCUUGCAGCCACUUCUUCCACAGCCGCUGCAUCGUGCCCUGGCUGGAGCUGCACGACACGUGUCCCGUCUGCAGGAAGAGCCUGAACGGCGAGGACUCGACUCGGCACACGCGGGCCCCCGAGGCCUCCACGAGCAACGGCUUUGCCGGCGAAAGCCAACUGCACGACCGAUGGACUUUCUGAGCCGGCCCCGCGGCCCGCGCCCGUGUAAAUUGUAUAAAAAAAAAAAACAACCGACACACACAAAAACACGAAAGAAAUUCGAGAGUAGUAGGUAAAAAUAGGAACCUCACGCUCCCGUUCCCGCCCCCCCUUUCCCUCCCCUCGCCCUUAAUAUUAACUCCGGCCGGCGCCCUCGACCCUCCGCCGGGAUGCCCGGUCCCGGGGGCGUCCCCGGAGAGGGGCAGGUCGGGCGAAGGCCGGUCCGACCCCGGCGUCACGUGGAUUUUAUAGGUCCAACCCGUCCCCCCCUUUCCCCAAAUCACCGCCUCCCCCCCACCCCGUUGGGUUGAAUGUGUUUCCGUUGGCGUUGCGACGGGAGCGAUCUCUCCCCCCGCCGGUCGGGCUCUCCUCCGGGGACCAACGACGGGACGAAGCCAGAGCGUCGUGGCCACGUCCCCCUUCGAUUCCGCUCGUUUUUAGGGACUUGGGGGUUUCGUUUGGCUCUUUGUUUCUUUCCUUAAAGCUCCUCCGGGCCGGGGGGUGCCCACCCCGUCCCAGGGCCUUCCCCCCCCCCACGCUGCCGCCGUCCUCCGACGCCGGGGAGGUGGGGGGGAAGGAGGAGGGAGGGGCCGCCGCGGCCCACUCGGUUGAUGACCGGUUCUUGGAUGUGUAACAGUUCAUAAACCUUCAGGAAUUAA